AUGAAACAUGAGAAGGAUGAAUUUAGAAAGAUGGUGCUCAAUGGUCGACAAUUGGCAUUGAAGGUAUCUGCCAAUUCAGUUUACGGAUUUACCGGUGCUACUGUUGGAAAAUUGCCUUGUCUGGAGAUUUCGCAGUCAGUUACAGCUUUUGGAAGGCAGAUGAUCGACUUGACCAAAAACGAAGUGGAGAAACGAUAUGUGGCUGGGGCGUUGGAUGGGAAAUGUCCCAUUAAUGCCCAGGUAGUUUAUGGAGAUACUGAUUCUGUGAUGGUGAAGUUUGGUGUGAAAACUGUGGCUGAAGCUAUGGAAAUUGGCCUCCAUGCUGCUACCGAAGUAAGCAAAAUCUUCACGCCUCCCAUCAAGCUGGAAUUCGAAAAAGUUUACUUCCCAUAUUUGCUCAUUAAUAAGAAGAGAUACGCAGGCCUGUACUUCACCAAACCGGACAUACAUGAUAAGAUGGAUUGCAAAGGAUUAGAAACUGUCCGACGUGAUAACUGCCCGCUAGUUGCAAAGGUAUUGAGCACUUGCUUGGAAAAGCUGAUGAUUGAUCGUGACGCCAACUCUGCGCUUGAAUUUGCCAAGAGAGUCAUCUCAGAUCUCCUGUGCAAUAAAAUCGAUAUUUCUUUGUUGAUUAUCAGUAAAGAGCUGACAAGAUCUAGUGAGAAAUAUCAAGCCAAACAAGCUCACGUUGAGCUGGCAGCUCGAAUGAAAAAACGCGAUGCAGGAUCAGCACCUCGACUAGGCGAUAGGGUACCGUACGUGAUAAGUAGGUGUUAUUUGUAAAU